UUCUAUCUAGUCUCUUCGCUCCUACCGGAUAACAUCAUAACGCAACAUGCCUGUUCUGGGGCAAUGGGACUUGGCCAUUGCCAGAUUGGCAAACUGGCACUCAGACCCUACCGCCCUCACAUGCAUAGAUGCGCUUCCCCAAUAUGCCUUUACAGUUAAAAGAGAAAAAAAGAAAAACUCACUCGUUUCUUUUGCUUUUCUCUGUUUAUAUAACCCCAUGAAGGAAGAGAGGUUUUUCCAUAUUUAGAAAAAGUAAAGAAUUUGCUUUCUGGGUUUUCAGGCUCACCAACUCUCUUCCCAAGCUCUCGUUUCAGUCAAUUAAGAAGACAUGGAAGUGGCUGUUGAGGUAGAAGAUGAUAUGUUUUUUGCAGAUUUAAGCAAGCAAAUCUCUUUGCUUAUCAUGGAUGAUGAUGAUGACUCAGUUGUCAGAUAUCCCUCAGUUUCUCUCCAGGCCUUCACUGGUGCGAAUUACCCUACAGCACAAUGUCCAUUUGUUCAAGAACAAAUGUGCAGAAGAGAAAGCAAAGGUACUGGAGUUUUUAUCCCAAAGUCAUCGCAACAACCAAGAAGGAAGCAUAGGCAAGGAAGAUAUAGUUCUUCAUUGAGCUCCAAGUCUAACAGGCAGCUUCGUAACGGUGCACAAAUGACUUCUCAAGCAUCUUUCAAUAACAUUUUCUACACAAGGAGAGGCUGAAGGGUUCACGUGUUUAUGAAUUGUAUAAAUUUCCUAAAAGGAAUUACUAUUAAUCCCCCAUGUAAACUACUGCUGAAGACAAUUAGGCAAAAGAUUUUAUACCUAGCUAUAUGUACAUGUAUGUGUAUGUACAUUACAAAUAAUUGAGUCUUGAAAUGAUUCUUAAA